AUGCCACGUAAUCUUCUUUACAUCUACGAUAAGGUGGUUUCCAAUCAACUAGAAAAUGGUUUCAUCGUGCGUGUACAGCAAGCAGACACUUCCAGUGGUCACUACCUUCCACAUCGCUCUGUGAAACGCGACAGCUCUACAACACCCAUUCGAGUUGUGUACGACUGCAGUGCGAUCUCAGCCAUCGGACAACCCAGCUUGAAUGAUUGUUUGGAAACGGGACCACCUCUACUAAACGAUUUAACUGCAAUCUUGCUUCAUUUUCGGUCCAACCCGAUCGCCUUAGCAAGUGACAUCGAAAAGGCCUUCCUGCAGAUAAGGCUCGCCAAUGGAGACCGAAAAUAUACAAAGUUCCUAUGGCUAUCGGACAUUAAUGACCCAAACAGUGAGUUCAUCACAUAUCAAUUCACUUCUGUAUUGUUUGGGGCCACGUGUAGCCAUCCGGAAGUACCAGCAGCUAAAGAUUUACAAAAUAAUAUUUACGUUGAUGACGUAAUUACUGGCAGUCGUGAUACCAAUGAAGCCAUGCAGUUUUAUGAAGACUCCACCAAAUUAUUAUCUACACGUGGAUUUAACCUCCGAUCAUGGAGUACGAACGACUUAACUAUUCGUAAAGCAGCUAUCCGGGACAACAAGGCAAGCCCAAAUACUACUGUCAGUGUACUGGGCGUGAAAUGGAAUACCGACAGUGACGUCCUCUACAUGAAACAACUAGACUCACCAAACAUCAACACUAUGACUACAAAACGUAACGUAGUCAGUUUUGCAGCAAGCCUCUAUGACCCACUAGGUCUUUUCUCACCAGUCCAUGUUCGUGCGAAGUUACUCACCCAGUCACUACGGAAACUAAAUCUCCAUUGGGAUACCCCUAUAUCGGACGAACUCAAGCGCGACUGGGUAAAUAUAGCUCACGACUUACAGGAAGUAACCAACAUUCGUAUCAACCGACGUUACUUCUCCAAUGACAACAACAACAACAAGAACGACAUCGAAAUACACGCCUUUUCCGACGCCUCAACCAAAGCUUACGGUGGUGUUGUUUACAUAAAAUCGGGAAAACAAACCACACUGGUGAUGUCAAAAACACGUGUUGCACCGAUCAAGAACAACACACUAACAUUGCCUAGACUUGAACUCAUGGCUGCAGUAGUAGCAACCCGACUUAGUAAGUUUGUCACUUCCGCGUUGUCUACAAAGUACAACAUCACCGGUCUUGUUUUAUGGUCAGACUCCCAGAUUGUACUACACUGGAUCAAUAAUCGUGGCAAACCAGAUCAAUUCACUACAAACCGCAUAACGGAGAUCAACAGCUUCCCGCAAGAGAGCAUGUAUGUACCAACCAACUCUAACCCAGCAGAUUUAUUAACACGUGGACUUAACCCUAAGGAAUUACGUAAUUCUAAGCUCUGGUGGCAAGGUCCAGAAUGGUUAGGAAAUUACGCUUUAUGGCCUGUUUGUGAACUCUUUGUCUCCGAUCGCAAAUCGGACGCAACCGUCAAUCAUUUGCAAAAGAUUCAAUCGGCCGAUCACCAAGUUAUAUCCGCUGGAGAUACUGUAAGUGACUUCGAGUCAACAAACAUACCGAUGACGUCACCAAAGAGAAAACGUCGCAAAAGGCGCAUUCUCCGACCCCAUCUACAACUUCAAACACAACGCAAACUCCUACACCAGACAGCCAUUCAUUCUACCUCAGACGAACUACGCGCAAAGCCGCUAUACAGACUCAAGAAAGGAUUUAUCAGCUGUCAUUUAUGA